AUGCCCAAGGUCAUCUCUAAGAACGAAUCGCAACUGGUCGCUGAGGCUGCUGCCGCUGAGAUCAUUCGACUCCAGAACGAGUCAAUUGCUGCCACUGGAGCUUUCCAUGUUGCCGUAUCUGGAGGCUCUCUGGUGUCUGCUCUCCGAAAGGGUCUGGUCAACAACUCGGAGACCAAGUUCCCCAAGUGGAAGAUUUUCUUCUCCGACGAACGGCUGGUCAAGCUGGACGAUGCCGACUCCAACUACGGUCUCCUCAAGAAGGAUCUGCUCGAUCACAUCCCCAAGGAUCAGCAACCACAGGUCUUCACCGUCAAGGAGUCUCUUCUGAACGACUCUGAUGCCGUCUCCAAGGACUACCAGGAGCAGAUUGUCAAGAAUGUGCCUCUCAACGGCCAGGGAGUGCCUGUUUUCGAUCUCAUUCUGCUCGGAUGCGGUCCUGAUGGCCACACUUGCUCGCUGUUCCCUGGACACGCUCUGCUCAAGGAGGAGACCAAGUUUGUCGCCACCAUUGAGGACUCUCCCAAGCCUCCUCCUCGACGAAUCACCAUCACUUUCCCCGUUCUCAAGGCUGCCAAGGCCAUCGCUUUCGUCGCCGAGGGAGCCGGAAAGGCCCCUGUCCUCAAGCAGAUCUUCGAGGAGCCCGAGCCCACUCUUCCCUCUGCCAUUGUCAACAAGGUCGCUACCGGACCCGUUUUCUGGUUUGUUUCCGACUCUGCCGUUGAGGGCGUCAACCUCUCCAAGAUCUAG